CAAGGACUUCGUCUAAAAACAUGCCUCCCGAGUUGUUGUUCUGGGCACCGUCCCAGAGAUCAGCAGGGCAAAGGAAGCCGCUCAGGCUUCGGCGGCAAAUCCAGGCCUCGCCCCCGGCCUCUGGCAUUCCAAGGCCUCUUCUAAAAACGUCCCUUGGCAGUUGUUAUUCUGGGCACCCACCCAGCAGCUUCGCAGGGGCGAAGGAAUCCACACAGUCUCCGGCAGCAAGUCCAGGCAUGCCGCCGGAUCCAGCCCCUCGUUAGCCUGCCCCCUUCCUCUCUGUCUCUCGGCAGCGGGAACCUUGGUCCUGGCACCGACCCACAGCAGGCCUCGGCCCCCCUGAAGCGUGCGAUGGGUCAUCGAUGGCUGGCUUUGGCUCUGAUACUGGCUGCCGCAGCUGCUCCCAACCGCACGGCAGGCAACGUGCAUGAGUCAGAGGUCCCGGGUGCACCCUGCCCUCAGGAAGAGAACCCGGCAGCGCCGUCGGGAGAGCAGCACGUGGCGGCCAGGUUCAGCACAUGCAUGUUGCAGUGCGCUGCGCAGGCGAUGCUCGGGAUGGUUGGCGCCAAGAGCUCCGUCUCCUUGAAGCUCAACGAAGGCAGGGAAGGUGAGGACCACGAAUUUUGCUGGAUGCUGCAUCUCCGCUGCCAGAAGGGAGAGAGACUCACCAAAGCCUUUGUCCUCCUGAACCUGGAGCAGCCCCCGGGGGGAGGCCAGCCGCCUCCCUACAGGCUCCUCCUCACCACCCCUCCCUCCCUACGCCAGUACUUGAGAGCCCGCCAAGGGAACCGACGUGUGAGGCUGUUGAGCGGGGAAGCCUGCGGUGUCCGCUUCGACGUGACGGAGCCCUUCCUCAGCGCCGAGGGAGGCCAGGAGGCCAAGAUGUGUGUCAAGGCUGUCUGUCCGGAGGACGAUGCCUGUGGGGCCUUGCGUUGCCCGCCUUUCUUGGCCACUUUGUGGCGUAGCCUGCCCAGGCCGGAUGGCUAGACAACAGGAAGGUGGAUGGGCUCGCUCCACAGUGGAGUAUGAUGCCAAGCAACUGUUGGGACUUGAGGGUGUGAGGGAAAGGGCACACAGACUGACAUACGCACAAACACACACUCCAGUUCUGCCAUUAGCACGCCGGAGGUAGUUUCCUGACAAACUUUACUUCAGAGUUCAUUUCUACUUGGCAGUGUCAAAGUUACGUCAAACAACGGAAGUAGAUCUUAAUAUAUAUCUAUAUACGUAUACGCUGCAGGGAACGUGGAAGGAACCAAAGUAUCAACCAAGAGUCGCCAGCAUGGUACAUAUGGGUGCAAUGAUGCCUUUUCAUAUCUUCCCCCGAGGCUCACAAAGCCUCUGAGCCCACGCUCAGUCUCUUUGCCCCCCUUGUCAAGAGGGUGGUUAUCUUUUUCUCCUUUGAAAUGUACAAAGAGCUGAAGGAGGAAGUUGGAAGAAUGAUGCUCUUUCCCGCUUCCUCUUUCAGCUCUACGUGCUUUCCAAAACUCAGAUGAAUACUACUGGAUCAAACUUUCCCCCAGAUCCCCUAGCAAAGCAAAGACCGUCUCUGCACGAUCUGUCUUGGGUGGGAUAGAGAGAAGUGACCAGAGUGGGUGGUGUCCACAUGGGUCUAAAACGGUUGGUGACCGUUGGUAUAAGCUAACAAGUAGGGAUAUACAUUUAUAGUAUACAAAGUGUCACUACUCCCAGGUUGCAACUGCUGCAACUUAAGGGGCUCAGCUGGGUGCUAGGUGGGUCUAGCAGAGCUCCAGGUCCACGUGGUAUGCUUAAACUUGCUAACACAACUAUCUUAAAUAUGCUUCACCCACACUGCCAUUCAGCAUGUGAUGUGCUGUGAGCACCAGAAGCAGGUGGGAAUGGAGGCUGCUGAACUAACAGCAGCUGUAGUCUGGAGGAAAGGCCAUAGCUCAUUGCUAGAAACAUCUGCUUUGCAUGCAGAAGGUCCCAGAUUCAAUUCCUGGU